AUGGGGAAGCUGAAGCAGAACCUGCUGCUGGCCUGCCUCCUGGUCAGCUCCGUCACCGUCUUCUACCUGGGCCGCCAUGCUAUGGAGUGCCACCAGCGCCCAGAGGGGGCGGGGCCAGGCGCGGUGGGCGGGAGCAUGCGCACAGCCCUGCGCACAGGACAGAACCUGAGCGCGCCCUUCCUCUACAGCAAAGACAUGCCCCUGGUCUUCAUCGGCGGCGUGCCCCGCAGCGGCACCACACUGAUGCGCGCCAUGUUGGACGCUCAUCCAGAAAUCCGCUGCGGCGAGGAGACCCGCGUCAUCCCACGCAUCCUCGCCAUGAAGCAGAUGUGGAGCCGCUCCGGGCGAGAGAAGAUGAGGUUGGAUGAAGCAGGAGUGACAGAUGAGGUUCUGGAUGCAGCCAUGCAGGCCUUCCUGCUGGAGAUCAUAGUGAAACAUGGAGAACCUGCCAACUUUCUGUGCAACAAAGACCCGUUCGCUCUGAAGUCUCUGUCGUAUUUGGCCAAAAUCUUUCCUCGAGCAAAGUUUGUGCUGAUGAUCCGUGACGGUCGCGCCUCGGUGCACUCCAUGAUUUCCAGGAAGGUGACCAUUGCGGGCUUCGACCUGGGCAGCUACAGAGACUGUCUGACCAAGUGGAACCGAGCCAUCGAGACCAUGUACACCCAGUGUCUGGAGGUGUCUGACAAGUGCCUCCCCGUGCACUACGAGCAGCUGGUGCUGCACCCAGAGAAGUGGAUGAGGACUCUUCUCCGGUUCCUGCAGAUCCCAUGGGCCGACGCCGUGCUGCACCACGAGGAGCUGAUCGGGAAGGCAGGGGGCGUGUCUCUGUCCAAGGUGGAGCGGUCCACAGACCAGGUGAUAAAGCCGGUGAAUGUGGAGGCCCUGUCCAAGUGGGUGGGGAAGCUCCCUCAGGACGUGGUGAGGGACAUGUCCUCUAUCGCCCCCAUGCUGUCGAGGCUGGGUGCUGGACAACACACGCCGGAUGCAGAGGUCAGCAGAGAGACCCAACCCCAGUUAGAACAUCUGCACUCAGAGAUCUGCCCAGAUCCACGGCGAUCUGAAAGUGCCCCCUUGCUGAGGCCUGUUGUCGUCACCACGGCCGGGUUACGGCGCUCCGUGUGCCGCCUGGUUAUCUACCUCCAGAAGGACAUGUCCGAUCAGAGUCCCACACAGAGGCCCUGUCCCUGGGAGGAGAGAGACAUCCAGGAGGCCCCUGUGGAGGACCAGGUCCUCUCUCCUCAAAACAGAUGCACCUGCAGUCCGACAGCAGAGGGCGCUGUGAGGGAGCCGGCCUGUAGUACCUCCAGUCAGACAGCAGAGGGUGCUGUGAGGGAGCCUGCCAGUAGUACCCCCAGUCGGACAGCAGAUGGCGCUGUGAGUGAGACGGCCUGUAGUACCUCCAGUCGGACAGCAGAGGGUGCUGUGAGGGGGGCAUACGUACGGCUGAAUGUGGGCGGGGCCUUGUUCCUGUGCUCUCUCAGAGUCCUGACGAGUCACGAGUCUCGUCUCCGCGACAUGUUCAGCGGAAAAACUGAGGUGAUGGUCGACUCUGAAGGCUGGGUGCUGGUGGACCGCUGUGGGAGGCACUUCUCUCUAAUCCUGGACUUCCUCAGAGAAGGAACUGUGUCUCUGCCUCAGUCCAGACUCAGCAUCCAGCAGAUCCACAGAGAGGCCCAGUACUACGGACUCAGAGGACUGGAACUGCACUGUCAGACUGCUCUACAGAAGUCUCUGCCGGAGCCUCCUGUGUGUGUGAUCCCUGUGGUCACGUCCAGGAAGGAAGAGGAGGCACUCAUCCACUCCUCCAGCAAGCCAGUGGUGAAGCUGGUGUACAACCGAAGUAACAACAAGUACUCCUACACAAGUUCCUCGGAUGAUAACCUCCUCAGGAACAUGGAGUUGUUCGAGCGUCUGUCUCUGAAUUACGGCUCCAGACUUCUGUUCAUGAAGAACGUGAUCGGAGACGACAUCUGCUGCUGGUCCUUCUACUGCCAGGGGCGCCAGAUCAGCCAGGUGUGCUGCUGCUCCAUCGUCUGCUCCACCGACAGGAAGCACACUAAGGCAAAAUUCCCUGAAGCCCGUCUUUACGAGGAGACUCUGAACACCCUUCUGUUUGAGACGCUGCCGGAUCAACACCUGCUGGAGGCCACCAGGAGGCGCUACCACCACAGCUGCCAGAGCGAGGAGGAGGAGGGAGGAGGACCAGGACUGGCUCUGCUCUAG